UUAUAUGAUAUAUAUGUGAAUUUUCAAACAUAUCUUUUGAGCAAAAAUGGAAAUUUCUGGAGCAGGUGGUUUGUUCUCAACUUAUUCAAUUUGUAGUAAUGCUGCUGGAAUUGCUGGAAACCUAUGUGCAUUUGUUUUAUUUGUAUCACCAAUACCAACAUUCAGAAGGAUCAUCAGAAACAAGUCAACAGAACAAUUUUCUGGGCUGCCUUAUAUAUAUGCCUUGUUGAAUUGCUUAAUAUGUCUAUGGUAUGGAACACCAAUUGUAUCUCCUGGUAUUAUAUUGGUUUUUACGGUUAAUUCCGUCGGAGCGGUUUUUCAGUUGGCUUAUAUACUCAUAUUCAUCGUAUAUGCAGAGAGAACGAAAAAGUUGAAGAUGUUGGGGCAGUUGUUUGGUGUUUUUGCUGCAUUUGCUGCUGUGGUUUCUAUCAGCAUCUGUUUAUUUCAACCUCCAAAUCGACAAACUUUCGUUGGAUAUUUGUCUGUCAUCUCUCUCAUCUCCAUGUUUGCUUCUCCGUUGUUCAUUAUUAAUUUGGUGAUCAGAACAAGAAGUGUUGAGUACAUGCCAUUCUAUCUAUCCCUUGCAACUUUUCUAAUGAGCCUUUCCUUCUUUGCUUAUGGAAUGUUUAAGCAAGAUCCAUUUAUCUAUGUUCCAAAUGGGAUAGGAGGAGUUCUUGGGAUCAUACAACUAGUCUUGUACUGGAGAUACAGCAGACCUAAUGAGGAGCCAACAAGACCUCUCUUGGAGUCCAAUGCAUGA